GUAUCGAUCGGGUUGGAUCUCCAUCUUUCGUCCCUUUUUUGCUUUUCUUCGGCUUUUCCAAAGAAGUAUUUUGGGAAUUCCCUUGAGGAGAGCGUUUCCUCCAGUUCUCUGACUAACCCCCAAAAUUCUCCCCCGCCCUCUCUCUCCCCCUUUUUUCUCCCUAGUUCUUUCCUUUUCUUCUCAUGGGUUUGAAAAGGAUGAGUGUGGUGAAUUGAUAGCGGCAGAGCUUGGGGCGUGUUUACCCUUGGUAGCUGCCUGACUGCGUUGGAGUGAAUGGCAGGUGUGCGACGUGUCCGUAACGAUUCUUGCCGGCCGAGAACGGGGUGAGCUGAGCACGCCGGUGUGCGUUGGCGGCACACCUGUACUUAAAGUUGUGUUUGAGGCCCGCUAGGUGGCAGCGUUAUCGUGAGAGGUUGUCGAUUGGCGGGCAAAGCAGGCGCGGGCCGUACGAGGUGGAUCAAGACUUCCAGGAGGGGAACCUACGCACCUCCUCCACCCAGGAAUCCAGGUCAGCGAGAGAGCCUAUUCAGGCGGCCCUGCGUUGGCUGGAACGAUACCAAAAGGGCUUCAACCUCUUUCCAAAAGUGAGAAGAGUGAACGUGGAGGGACGACCCCAGUGACAACAAAAUAUCGUCGGUGUCAGUGAUCACAGAGAAGGAUUCCGCCAAGAGGAGGUCGCUUGGCUGGUAGCGCCAUUGAUUCCAGGAUCUAGAGCCCAUAAAGACCAAAACCCGUCAUGGUCGCUUUGGUGUUCCAGCUGAACGCAUCCUUCCUGUAAAUUCUUUCCCCAUUUAACCUGAUAAAUGUUAACUUUAGUGCCAGUGCUGUGUUGUGUCAAGGUAAAUGUGUGGAUUAGGUUUUAAAUUAAAGAACACCCCUUCGAAAAAGACUUCUCUGCGUUGGGGUGACUGCUGUGGCAUUCCGGCAGGUUCCAGCCACUACCGACGGGAGGUGAUAUGACUAUCCCUCCCUGACCCACGCUGCUGCCGCUGCUGCUGCUGCUGCCUCUGCUGCUGUUGCUGCCCCAGCACCCUACUCCUCCCUCUGUCGCUGCUCGUCGUCGCUACGCAAUCUUCGUAAAAGGGGGUUGGCGUUGUGAUUCCUCUACUUCUGCAGUUUGUUUAGGUACUCUUAACUCUCAAAGCUCUUCUGUCACUUUCAAAAGGACAGCAAGAAAAAUUCUCUCCCCUAUUGCUGCUCGAUACGCUAAAGCAAAAGACCUUUCGGAUGCCCUUCCUGUAUUGCUAAACUCUUCUUCUUCUUUAUAUUUGAAGCUGAAAUAGAACUGAGCCAAACAAAUAACCGCAACCUCUUGCUCUUUGUUUUAAUAAAGGAAAGGUCUUCCAAAACAUAACCAUUUGACUACAAAAACAAAAACGAAACAAAAAUAAUUUUGAGGUGAACAGAAAAUACAAGUAAACUUUUUGAAAAGAAUAUUGUUAUUUUUAUUAAAGAGAAGACUAUUUUCAUUCACUGAAGUUUUGUAAAAGCUUUCAGAAGAUUAUUUUUUUGAGGAAAGAGAUCCCUUAACGCCUAUUUUGCUAAGCAAGUCUCUUCGGGCCUUGACUUCCACAGACACGCUAUCCUGAAAUCGACUGAGGCUAAAUUCGAGUCGGAAGAAACGAUUUAAACCUCAGCUUCGGCCAAGACUCCAAGACUGAAAAAUAAAAUUCCUUGCUUUUCUCUAAAAGCAAGGAGAAAACUUUAAAAAUCCCUGCCCAAGUAAAAGGGGUUUAAACAUAGGUCUUGCUUAUGUACGCAGCAACAUCUCUCGCUUACCUGUAGCUUCUACUUAGCAUUGUACUGUGACUUGUCCCGUCUCUAUUAACGUUUAACUUUGGCCCUUUCGUCACAGCUCUUGAGAUAAACUUCCUCCUCGAUUGAAAAGAACGCUUUAAACUAGGCCUACAAUAACUAAACUAUUAGUUCAUAUUCAAGACAUAAAACUGCAUUAUCAUUAAAAGACCAUCACUAAGAAGAACGGCAGAGCUUCAAGAAAACUAAUCUCAAGUUACCCGGCAGUCAUUUGAGGAAGAGGAACUUCCUUCUUUUAUUUCAAUCACAGAAGCAACUAGACAUCCAAAAUGACGAUCAACAUCGGUGGAAUCAUCGCUAUCGUAAUCUUCUAUCUUGUGAUUCUGUUUGUUGGAAUCUGGGCGGCGAAAAAGAAGCCGGAAGGGGCUGAUGAUGCAGAUGACGUCAUGUUGGCAGGAAGGAGCAUAGGAGUCUUCGUGGGAAUAUUUACAAUGACAGCGACAUGGGUCGGCGGAGGUUACAUCAACGGUACAGCGGAGGCGGUGUAUGAUACAGGUCUCGUCUGGUGUCAAGCACCGUUCGGCUACGCCAUGUCUCUCAUCUUUGGUGGAAUCCUCUUCGCCAACAAGAUGCGAUCUCAAGGAUACGUCACCAUGCUCGACCCUCUUCAGGAUAAGUUUGGAAGUCGAAUGGGUGGACUGCUCUUCUUGCCUGCACUCUGCGGAGAAGUAUUCUGGUCAGCCGCCAUCUUGGGAGCUUUAGGUGCUACUCUCUCAGUUAUCCUCAACAUGGACACGCAAUUAGCUGUCAUUUUAUCAGCAGUUAUAGCCGUAGCUUAUACGCUCUUUGGCGGACUAUACGCCGUUGCGUAUACCGACGUGGUGCAACUUGGAUGUAUAUUUAUAGGCCUGUGGUUGUGUAUUCCAUUUGCCUGGAACCAUCCAGCUGUUGGGGACGUCAUGCAGAUGGAACAGGACUGGAUAGGCGAAGUACCCAAAGAGCAGUACGGUCUCUAUGCGGAUUACUGCUUGCUCUUAAUAUUCGGAGGGAUCCCGUGGCAGGUGUACUUCCAACGAGUGCUGUCAAGCAAGUCGGGUCAUAAGGCGCAGGUGCUGUCGUAUGUAGCAGCGUUCGGCUGCCUCAUAAUGGCGGUGCCACCUGUCAUCAUUGGAGCUAUCGCAAAGGUUACUACGUGGAAUAUGACCGGACUGGAAUGCGAGGCGGUAGACACCUGCAUUUCCAGCAACCAUACGGCGAUGAUCCUGCCCUUGGUCAUCCAGCACCUGACGCCAAGCUUUGUGUCUUUCGUGGGACUGGGGGCUAUUUCCGCCGCUGUCAUGAGCUCCGCCGACUCCUCUGUCCUUUCGGCGGCUUCCAUGUUCGCCAGGAAUAUCUGGAAACUCAUCUUCAGGCAAAAUGCGAGUGAAUCUGAGGUGCUUUGGGUGAUGAGAUUUGCUAUUUUCAUCGUCGGAGCUUUGGCUACUACUUUGGCCCUCACCAUCCCUUCCAUCUACGGGCUUUGGUAUUUGUCAUCAGACUUGGUGUACGUCAUCUUGUUCCCUCAGCUCUUAAUGGUGGUCCACUUUAGGAAUCAUUGCAAUUUGUAUGGAUCGCUUGGUGCUUACAUCAUAGGCCUAAUCGUCCGUUUGCUUGGAGGAGAGUCCAUGAUUGGUAUUCCUGCCAUUAUCAAGUAUCCCUGGUAUGACGAGGAAGCCGAAGUCCAACUGUUCCCCUUCCGCACCUUCGCUAUGAUUCUGUCAGCUUCGGCACUGCUGGGCUUCUCGAUGCUGUCGAUGUACCUCUUCGAGAACGACAUCCUGGCGCCCAAAUACGACUUCCUGCGGUGCGUCACCAACAUCCCCGACGAUGUGCAGCGCGUGGGAGAGCCACAUGAGGGCGAGAUGAGUGUCAUGGCCUGCCGCACUGUCGUCAAGUACAACGCCACGGAUGAGAUGAACGGAAGGAUUAAUCCGGCGCUGAAUCUUGGGUCGGACAGCGACGAAGAGCCGACGCCCCCAACGACUACAACGGCCGAUGGAAAGGUGAAGAAGCGGUUGGUUGGAGAAAUCAUAUCGCCACCACCAAUCACUUCCCCCAAAAAGCAAGACCAGACGAAGCUGUAAGAAUGUCGCUUGUCGAUGGUUACAGCGUACUUAAUUCAUCUUUACCGUUAAGCAAUAGAAUGAUGGAGCAUAAGUGUUUAUACAUGAGAUAGACCUCUGAACAUGAGAUCAGAGUAGAGUAGCGAGAGGAAUACUGAGAACUGAAAUCAUCUCAUGAUCUGGUAUUUAAAAGAAAGUUAUAACGAUACAUGAAGUGCGAUUAUGAACAUUUUGAUAACAAAGCAAUAUACGUUACAUCAUGUGGCAAUCACCCCCGAAAUAUUUCAUAGCUUCAUUCCUACUGUUAGUUCAGUUGAAGAUGUUGCAAAAAAUCUUGCCAGACAUUUGCAACAAACUAUAAAAUAUCAAAAAGAAUUUUCACUAGCCUAAAAUGGCCACCAUGGCCUCAGUUUAGAUAAUGUGUUCCAAAAGGUAUCACAUAAAUUGUCUAAAUGUUCUGUGUCUAGAUUCUAUCUUUAAUCCUCUCUCCUUAGAUACUCACAUCAGCCAGAAAUAAUUUAUCACUACAGUUGUCCCCUCAUCUACAGAGGUCAGUUGCCUUUGACUGACCCAGUCUAGUUGUGACCCAUCGACCUUUAGUGAGAAAAUGUGUUCCUGACCUCACUUCAUGUACUUGCUUUAGUCACCCAUCCCUCUACAAUACCUCGUUUUCUUUCCCCCGUUUUCAUUUGUGCGAUGUAGAUUCGUAUUUUAUAAUUGUUGGUUAUUUUUGUAGAAGAAAUAUAGGUAUUUUCUAGUCGAAUAGAGCAGCUCUGGAUUGCUUGGGGGCUUCGUGGAGAGCAUCGCAUCGCAUAAAUGAAAAUUCGGUGAGGUGAGAUCACCUCCUAGUAAAGAAAGAAUGGUGAAAUGAAAAAAAAAAAAAAAAAGAUACGAAAGAUACGAUGAAAAAUUUGGUUAUGGUGUAGAGCGCGUUUUUACAACACCCACUCAAGAUCUCCAAAGUCGAGGCGCGUAUCAUCUUGCAGGCCCCAGCUGGUAAUUUCU